AUGUCCCGAGACGCUUUUGCCCAACAGGUCAAGGACCGACUGUGCCUCACAGCUGGGCUACCUUCUGCUAAUCCGACUGCGUCUUACUGGCAAGAACCUCCUUCGGAAAUAUAUACUAUCCAAUCAGCGGAUCUGCCUUCUGAGACAGACUUCGCUAUCAUUGGAUCCGGCGUGACUGGCACCAGUGUUGCUCACACCUUGCUCAGCCAUCCUCGAGCGGCUGGGCGGAUCACUAUGUUGGAAGCUCGCACCGCUUGUAGUGGUGCUACAGGCCGCAACGGUGGUCAUCUUGUUUCCGACAUCUGCGAUCGCUUUCAAGACCUUGCUGAUAGUUUGGGAGCUGAAGAAGCUAUCAAAAUUUUGCGUUUCUCCGAGGCCAAUAUUGCAGAGCUUAAAGCAGUAGUUGCUCAGCUGGAUGAGUUUGAACAAGACGCUGUGGAACUUCGCGAAGUCAACGCCACUGCCACAAUUGGAGACAGAGAAACGUUGGAACACCUCAAAGGCUCAUUUGAGCUAAUGAAAGCUACCGCUGGUCAAACGAAACUUGCAUAUGGGGUUAUUGAAGAUCAAGAUGUAAUUAAGAACAAGUACAAGUAUCGAGAUGGAGUCGCUGUCUCUGAACAAAAGGGUGCUGGGGCUCUUUGGCCGUACCGACUUAUCACCAUCGUUCAAAAGCGUCUUCUGAACGCCCACAAGAGUCGAUUCAGCAUUGAGACUAAUACCCCCGUCCUCUCUAUAUCCUCUCAAGGAGUCGCUGGCGAGGCCGAGCACAUGUACUUCCUGCAGACUCCACGAGGUGUCAUAAGAGCACGAAAGAUCAUUCACUGCACGAAUGGUUAUUCAUCACACCUACUGCCUAAUCUCACCGGGGUAGUUUAUCAGCUUAGGGGCACAGUCUCGGUCCAAGAUCCCGGCGACUCGUUUCCUAGACUUGGCCACGAGUUGUCAUGGACCAAGGCCCACAAGGGUUAUUAUGACCCGGAGACAAGAACAGUGACGCCUGGGCUCUAUUAUGCGCAACAGAAUGCGAAAACUGGUGAGAUUGUUAUUGGAGGCGAGAGCCAGGAGGUUGAGAACCUGCUCACGAGUGAUGACUCGGAAGUGAGCCCCACCGCAAAAGAGCAUAUCUCAUCCAUUAUCCCCAAGAUAUUCAUAGAUGCUGACAAUGCCAAGACGAGGAAAGUUUGGUCUGGUAUCAUGGGAUUUACUCCAGAUGGAUUGCCUCUGGUAGGCAACUUGGCCCAGAAAUCAACUGGGAGAGCGGGCAGUGAUGAGUGGAUUGCAGCAGGGUUCAACGGUCAUGGGAUGGAUAAGUGUUGGUUGAGUGGUCUGGCUGUUGCCAAGAUGGCAAUUGGUGAGGAUGUGCCUUCGUGGCUGCCGGCAUCAUUUCUCGUCACUGAGGAAAGGCUGGAGUCUCUUACAUUGGAGCGGGCGGUGGAAUCAAUGGUUGCGGCGUUCCCUAGUGAAUGA